AGUUCAAAUAAACAUGGCAAAUAGAAGAUUGGGUGGCGGACCUAGCGGUGGCCUCCGGGGCAAUCGUUCUUUUAAUCAACCACCAUUUCAAGGAGGUAGUGGUGUUAGCCCCUGGCAGGGGUCUAAUAGUUCCAGUCAGGGAUUGAUCUCCCAAAUUACUUCCAAUCCCCAGCAACUUGCUCUUGCUCUCACGAGCUUACUACAACCUCAACAACAGAAUCCACCAUCGUUGCUUUCUUUGAAUACAUCUCCUGGUUAUAAUCGCGACAGAGAUUUUGGCAGAGGCCGUGAUUUCAGACGACACGAGCCUUACAGUAAGAACCGUCAAGGAGGGGGAGGAUUCAAUAGAGAUAGAAAAAGGAGUCAAAAUCAAAAGGAUCAAAAGAAGGAUUCCAAGAAAGAUGAUGGAACUGAUGAUGGAAAUGAAGAUGGAGAAACCAAGAGAGAUUGGAAAGAUGAAAAAAGCAACAGUGAAACUCCUGAAACUGAGGAAGAAGCAAAGGCAAGAAAGGAAAAAGAAGAGAAGGAGGGACCUUAUUAUGAUGUACCCAUUAAGUUGUUGAGCUGCUUUGUCUGCAACAAGGAAAUGUGGGAUGGAGAAUCUAUGAGGAAACAUGUUAAAGGUCGUGCCCAUAGACAAAUGUUGGACAGCUUGGAAGAAAGCAUUCACAUCACUGUUAACAUUUUAAGGGAGAAUAUGCGUCUUCUUGAAGAGAAAAAACUUAUUGAGUUAAACCGUGUACAACGUGUUACUAAGAGAUUUAACAAGCCUGAGCCUGAAAGUCAUUGCAACAUGUGUGAUCUCAAAUUCUUGGGAAAAAUCAUUGCUCAUCGCAAGACUGAAGGACAUCAACGUUUGAAGCACUACUUGCAUCCUAACUGCCGCUUGUGUAGUAAGGAAUUUCCCUCUAGGAUGGAAUGGAUUGAGCAUCGUUUGACUCCUGACCAUCUCAGGAAAUUAAGUAAAACACUUGCUGAUAAGGUUGGUGGUGCUGACGGCAAUGAUAUUGUUGAAGUUGAAGAAGAACAUAAUGAUUUGGCAUUGGAGCCAAUUCUAGAUGAACCAUUGGAAAUGGAAGCUGAGAAUCCAAUUCUUGAAAUUACUGAAAAUCUCAAUUUCUCUGGAAUUCAGAAUCUUAUGCCUGCAUACAAACCAAACAGGCCAAUUUCUGCUAAUAGUUUAAAGCCAUUCUCUGGUUUUGUAUGUGAGCUCUGCCACAGAAGCUUUGUGGAUGAAGAAGUGUCACAGAACCACUUGAAAACCAGAAGACAUCAUCUUAAAUUCGUUGAAGCUCUUAAGCUUAAAUUCAAGGAACAACAGAGAAAGGAGAAGGAGGCUAAGGAAGCAGAGGCUAAGGCUGAAGCAGAGAAGAAUGGGGCCAAUGAAGAUGGUGAUUUGUACAAUCCAGAUGAACCAACACAAGAAGAAUCUGCCGAAGGAGAUGCAUCCAUGGAUGUCUCUCAGGAAGAUGCUGCUGUCAAGGAAGAGACUAUGGAAGCUGAAGAAAUUGAGGAAGAAAAGCCACCUGCGAAAGGUGCUGCUGCCAAGGGGGCCAAAGCAGCUCCAGCUGCUGCAACACCAGCAGCUGUUAAGAAUGGAGCUGGUCCAAAAAGCAAGAAGGCUCGUAAAUAAAUUUCUGUGUUUUAAUGGAAUUCCAUAUAUUUAUCGAAGAACUCUUAUUUGUUCUACAUUUUAGUCUCUUACCCAAUAUUUUAAAAUUUUGGUAUAGGUGGAAAAAUAUGAAUUAGUUUGUAGUAGUACAGAUAAAACUAUUUCUGGCUGAAUUCUAUUUUUCUAUCGUAAAGUGUUGAACAAAUAUUGAUUUCUUUUUAACAAAAUGUGUUGGGAAUUAGUUUUAGGUUUCAUAAUCAUUGAUAAAUUCCGUUUUCAAACUCAUUUUAAUCUUAUAUUAAUGUGUAAGGAAUAGCAUAGAAAUUUUAUUUGCGUAUUUUAUAGUUGACACUAAAUUAUGUAUGUAUUCACUAGAUCAUCAAGUAUGUAUUUACUAGAUCAUCCUGUAUCAUGGAAUAAUAUAUUCAGAUUCAUUACACUUUAUACCAUUUGACGUAGUUUACUAGAUUCUAAUGGGAGGAAAACCAUGUAGAUUAAUCACAUUUCUAAACAGUUCACAUAGAGAUGUUCAUGUAGAAUUGAAAUUUUGGUUUUCUUGAUUUUUUUUUACCAUGCAUUUUGACAUAGAAAAACUUGUCUUGUCUC